CACUGGCCUACACAGUGCCACGUUCCCAUCAUGUCCCUAGAAACGACACGAUUCCAUGGCCAUCUUCAUCCGUAACACGCACGCCAAUAAAUAUCUUCCAUCAACACUGCCUUUCCGUUCUCUCUCUCUUCUCCUUCUUCACGACGAUGGCUGUGAAUCUGGGAAACCUAGCACUGUUACUCGACAUAGCUUCACCGCGAAGCUUGAUCUCGGAGAGAAAACCUCGCCUCGCCGGCGCGGACGCGCUUCUGAGCUUGCCGUUAAAGAGGGACUCCGCCUGCAGCUGCAGUUACCCUUCCGACGGAGAGUUGUCGCGGAGCCGCGUGGUGGUGGCGCGUGGGAAGAAGUCGAAUUCGGAGAAGAACGGCGUCGACUUCAACGCGAGUGACGAGGAUGGAGGGUUUUGGGAUGGGGAUGAGUGGAAGAAGGAAAUGCGGCGGCGAGUUGGUGAGUUUGAGGAGAGGAGAGAGCUGGAGAAGAUGGCGGAGGAGUUGCAGAAUCAGGUUGAUGAUGAUGGUGAAGAAGGUAAGGAGGAGACUGAAGAAGAGAAGAGGAUGAGAGUGAAGAAAGAGCUUGAGAAGGUGGCUAAGGAGCAGGCGGAGCGAAGGGCCACGGCUCAGUUGAUGUUUGAUUUGGGCCAAAAAGCUUAUGGAAGAGGCAUGUAUGGACGUGCCAUCGAGUUUCUUGAAGGGGCACUCACUAUCAUUCCCAGACCUACAUUAUUUGGUGGUGAGAUUUGCAUAUGGCUGGCUAUGGCUUAUGAGGCUAAUAACCGCCAUAAAGAUUGCAUUGCUCUGUACCAGCAAUUAGAAAAGACUCACCCGUGUAUUAGCAUUCAACGCCAAGCUGCAGAGCUUCGAUACAUUUUGCAAGCACCAAAGCUCAAGAUAUCGCAGGAGGAAAUGGUGACUAUUCCCUUGAUUGGUUCUAGUUAUGACAGUUAUGCGGGAACAUGGAGCGAUAAAUACAAGGACAAGGAUCGAAAAAGUGGACCAGUCACCAAUCAGCUUCCAUGGUCUAAAGAUUACCUUGCUGACUUUCUUGUAUGGAAACCUCCCUCUGGGUUAGAGAAAAAUCGAGCUUUGUGGAUUGGUUUGACAAUUUGGUUGGGAUUACUUGGAGCUGCUGUCUUUAUUCAAAGAUGAUGAGUUCUCCAAUUUGUGAUGAUUUUCAUUUGUUGUUAUCACAAUUGUCAUUUUUGUUCAUAUAAUGUGAAGUCCAUGUUGUAAAGUUGUAUGUUUGGAAUAGAUUUGUAAAUUGUAAUUGUAAUAUAACUCUACGCAUCACAUAGAUAAAGAUGUUAUUUACCUA